GGCAAGGAGGUCACGCGUACCUGCAAGAAUGGCUUUGGUGGGCAGGGCUGCUGUGCAUGGGAGUUGGAGAAGCAGCAAAUUUUGCUGCCUAUGCCUUUGCCCCUGCAACGCUGGUAACUCCACUAGGUGCCCUAAGUGUCCUUGUUAGUGCAGUUCUGUCUUCCACCUUCCUGAACGAGCAGCUGAAUGUUCAUGGGAAGAUUGGCUGCAUCCUGAGUAUCCUGGGCUCCACAGUGAUGGUGAUCCAUGCUCCACAGGAAGAAGAGGUUUCCAGCCUGGAGUCAAUGGCAGAGAAGCUGAAAGAUCCAGGAUUCAUCGUAUUUGCUGUGUGUGUCCUGGUGACCUCCCUUCUGCUUAUCUUUGUGGCUGGACCCCGUUACGGACAGAACAACGUCCUGGUUUAUGUUUUGGUCUGCUCCACCAUUGGCUCACUUUCUGUGUCCUGCGUCAAAGGCUUGGGGAUUGCACUGAAAGAACUGUUUUCCGGCAAGCCAGUCCUGAAAGAACCAUUGGGCUGGGUGCUCCUGGUAUGCCUGGUGAUCUGCAUCAGCGCCCAGAUCAACUAUCUGAACAAAGCCUUGGACAUCUUCAACACAUCUGUGGUCACACCCAUUUACUACGUGCUGUUCACCACAGCAGUCAUGAUGUGCUCUGCCAUCCUCUUCAAGGAGUGGCAACACAUGGUGCUAGACAAUGUCAUUGGCACCAUCAGCGGCUUCCUCACCAUUGUGUCUGGCAUCUUCCUCCUGCACGCCUUCAGAGACAUGCCCUUCACCCCUGACCUCCUGCCCCUUUUCCUGCAGCAAGGCAGGGCAGACCAUGCCUCGUGGAGGAGUGCAGACAGACAUCAGUCAUGUCAGCACCAGCCUCUUCUGCCCUCAGAGGACAAAGGCACUCAGAGUACGGAGGAAGAAGGUGAAAGCAUGUGA